UGGGCAUUGCCGGAUGUAAUUCGUCCACUGAUCUGCGUCUUUAGGCUAUCUUGUUGCCAAUCGAAUUCUAUUGCCUAAACAAUUGCACUACCAUUGUUCAAUCCGAAUAUUCCAAUUUUUCCAAAUUGCUAUGGAGAUGAUGUCAUCUCGUGUCUUCACUCCGAUGGUGGAUUCGUCGAUGUAAAUUCAAAAGUUGUUGGAUCACGAGAUGGACAAGAGAUUCGCCGAGACAUAAAUAAAGAUUUUUUUUGUAAAAGACGAUUGUAAUUGUACUCAACAAUCAAAAAAUUGAGAAUAAUAAUAAUAUGAGAGGGGCUGAUUGGAAUUUUCGGUUUAUAUGCGUUGUUUAAUCGUUCAGUGAUGGUUCACACAGUCUAUCCAGUUUAUUAUGGUUUAUCGUGCAUAAUCGUUGUUCAAUAUUUAUCUCAGUCGUGUGAUGUGUAUCGCUGUUGUGACAACAAGUACGGUAUGCGAUCAGGCAUUGAAGUGCACCGGUGAUGAAUAAUAUUCGGUGAAAAAGUUUGUGAUUACAUGAGUUUCUUUGUUGUGCAGCCGUCUCACGCCUCUGGGACGUUACAAAUCUACGAUAAACGGGUAUAACCUCCAACAAUCGGUCUCGAUAUAUUCCACAAUUGGACGAUUAUUCCCUCUUAUUUGCUGAUUGUUUAUUUGUUUGUUUACUUACUGUGAGAUAAUUCGGCGUGAAUAUUGGAAUAAUGAUUUAAUAUGCCCAUGUGAAUGCAGGAGAAUAAAUUAGACAAAUUGAUUGAUUAAUUUCAAGGUGAAAGGAAUGAAAAAGUGAAUGAUAUACGCGAGAGGAAAAUUUUAUUAUACGUGGAGAAAAUAAAUAUUAUUGAGAAUGAAUGAUAUACAGGAAGUACGGCAACUAGAGUUGCUGUGCAAGGAGUUGUACGAAUCACAGGAUUCGGCUCAUCGUGCUGAAGCUGAAAAAGCACUUGUUGGCUUUCAAAAUGCCCCAGACACUCUCACCAAGUGCCAAUUGUUGUUGGACCGGGGGGAUUCAGCUUAUGCUCAACUUCUUGCUGCUACAACGCUUACGAAACUCGUAUCACGAUCUGCACAAGGUCUCAGCCUGCAACAGAGACUUGAUAUACGCAACUACGUGCUAAACUAUUUGGCAACCCAACCCAAACUGCCAAACUUCGUGAUCCAAGCCCUAGUGACUCUCUUUGCGCGAAUAUCAAAGCUGGGAUGGUUCGACGCAGACAAAGACGAAUACGUAUUCCGCAAUGUGGUCGGUGAUAUCUCAAAAUUUCUCCAAGGCUCUGUCGAGCACUGCAUGAUCGGUGUCCAGCUGCUCUCCCAACUGACAUGCGAAAUGAACCAGAUAUCGGAGGCUGAUGCCAACAGAUCACUAACGAAGCACAGAAAAAUAGCCAGCAGUUUCAGGGACACUCAGCUCUUCGAGAUUUUCAGAUUGUCUUGUACAUUGUUGGGUACAGCCAGGGAAAAUUGUAAAAAUCUUAAUUUCAAUGACGAGGCACAGCACGGUCUGAUGACCCAACUUCUGCGUCUCGCUAGAAAUUGUCUGACAUUCGAUUUCAUUGGUACAGCAACGGACGAGAGCUCUGAUGACUUAUGUACAGUACAAAUACCCUCGAGUUGGAGGCCAGCAUUCCUAGAUUUCACAACUCUAAAACUUUAUUUCGAUCUUUAUCACAGCCUACCAAACACCCUGUCAUCGCUGGCCCUCUCAUGUCUCGUUCAAAUAGCAUCAGCGAGGCGUAGUUUAUUUUCAAACGCUGAGAGAGCUAAAUUUCUAACUCACUUGGUGAAUGGAGUUAAACACAUACUUCAACAUCCUCAGGGUCUGAGUGAUCCUGGUAAUUACCACGAGUUUUGUAGAUUGUUAGCAAGAUUGAAGAGUAAUUAUCAACUGGGAGAAUUAGUUAUGGUUGACAAUUAUCCAGAAGCUAUAGAACUCAUAGCGAAAUUCACUGUUCAGAGCUUGCAAAUGUGGCAGUUUGCACCGAACAGUGUUCACUAUCUACUCAGUCUGUGGCAGAGAAUGGUGGCAUCAGUGCCAUACGUCAAGGCAACAGAGCCACAUCUGUUGGAGACUUAUACACCAGAAGUUUCCAAUGCCUACAUCACUUCGAGACUCGAAUCAAUGGCUGUGGUUGUUCGUGAUGGCCUCGAAGAUCCUCUCGAUGAUCUGGGAAUGGUCCAGCAGCAGCUGGAACAAUUAUCUGUGAUUGGUCGAUGCGAGUAUCAAAAAACUUGCACAUUACUCGUUCAACUAUUCGAUCAAGCUGCUAAUACUUAUCAGGAGUUAUUGUCCCAGACAGCCAGUCCUACGCAGCAGAUUGAACUGAGGAUUCAGGAGGGCCAGCUCACGUGGUUGGUUUAUAUAAUUGGUAGUGCCAUUGGUGGACGAGUGUCGUUCAACAGCAAUGAGGAGCAUGACGCCAUGGAUGGAGAACUUGUUUGUAGAGUACUGCAAUUAAUGAAUUUAACGGAUUCUGGACUCACCCAGGGUGGCUGUGAAAAACUUGAACUCGCUAUGUUGAGUUUCUUUGAGCAAUUCAGGAAGAUUUAUGUUGGGGAUUCUAUUCAAAAAAAUUCCAAAGUUUAUCGUAGACUGUCGGAAGUGCUGGGACUUAACGAUGAGGCCAUGGUGCUCAGUGUAUUUAUACGAAAAAUAAUAACCAAUUUGAAAUAUUGGGGACGUAGAGAACAAAUUAUUUCAAAGACACUUCAACUGCUGACAGACCUGUCAGUUGGAUACAGUUGCGUGCGAAAGCUGGUGAAGCUCGAUGAAGUGCAGUUCAUGUUGAACAACCACACUAGUGAACACUUUCCAUUCCUUGGCAACAGUGUUGCAGUAUCCGAGAUGCGUUGCCGAACAAUGUUUUACACGUCACUUGGUAAAUUAUUUAUGGUAGAUCUGGGUGAGGAUGAGGAGAGAUUUCAUACGUUCAUGCUACCUCUGACAGCUGCACUGGAGAGUCUCGGUCAGUUGAUGGGCGCAGCGGACACUCCCCUCUUUGCAGCUGAAGAAGCUAAGAAAGCACUGAUUGGAAUAGCCCGAGAUUUGCGUGGUCUUGCUUAUGCCUUCAACACAAAGCCCUCCUACAUGAUGCUCUUCGAUUGGAUCUAUCCCAACUACACUCCGAUCCUCUUGCAUGCUAUUGAGCUCUGGCAUCACGAUCCCCAAGUAACAACACCAGUUUUGAAAUUAUUCGCCGAAUUAGUACAAAAUCGCAGUCAACGUUUGCAAUUUGACGUAUCAUCGCCAAAUGGUAUUCUUCUAUUUCGCGAAGCCAGCAAAGUCAUAUGCAGCUAUGGCAAUCACAUACUGAAUGUUGAAGUCCCUAAGGAUCAGAUUUAUCCGCUUAAAUUGAAGGGCAUCAGCAUAUGCUUCAGUAUGCUAAAGGCAGCACUCUGUGGUAGUUAUGUUAAUUUUGGGGUAUUCAGGCUGUAUGGCGACGAGGCCCUGGACAAUGCAUUGAAUACAUUUGUUAAAUUGUUGUUGAGCAUACCUCAGAGUGAUUUACUGGACUAUCCAAAGGUAUCAGCAACGUACUACGUUCUUCUUGAGUGCCUAGCCCAGGAUCACAUGGCAUUCUUAUCUACUCUGGAGCCACGAGUAUUUCUCUACAUUCUCUCAAGUAUCAGCGAAGGCCUAACGGCACUAGGUGCGCUUAAAGACUCCUACACAGAUACAAUGGUAUGUACGGGUUGCUGUGCAACACUGGAUCACAUCGUUACGUAUUUGUUCAAACAAUUAUCACAAAAAGCUGGUGUCUACCCUGGGAAAAAGAAUUCAGCGGUUCCUACUGGGGGUGAUUUAUUUCUACAAGUAUUGAAACAACAUCCUGAAAUACUUCAGCAGAUAUUGAGUACCGUGCUCAAUGUGAUAAUGUUUGAGGACUGCAGGAAUCAGUGGAGCAUGUCGAGGCCACUUUUGGGAUUGAUUCUGCUGAAUGAAGAAUACUUUGGUCAAUUGCGAGAGAACAUCAUCAGGAGUCAACCGGUGGACAAACAAGCGGCUAUGGCACAAUGGUUCGAGAAUCUUAUGGAUGGAAUUGAACCUAAUUUACUCACGAAAAAUCGUGACAGAUUCACGCAAAACCUUUCAAUGUUCAGACGAGACAUAAAUGAUUCACUGAAAGGACCAAACAUGUCGUCCAACUCUGGCAGUGACAUGAUGACCUCGUAGUGUUGUUGAUAAAAUCUACAAAAUCAACCCGCCGUGUCAUCAAUAAUUUUCAAUUUAAUGAUAAACCUGAGACAUUGGCUGCCGAUUAACAAGAUUUAAAUAAAACAAAAACAGGAAUAAAUAAGUAAAUGAUCGUAUGGAUGUGAGAGUAUAUCUUCUGUAAUUGGGUAAUGACGAAGAAUGAAAAACAAACCUUUGUAAAAUUGGACAAUUUCAUUUAGUGUUUUCAUCAAUAAGAAAGGGUAUCCUUUUUUUUUCAUUUAGAUUCAGUACAAUUUAGCAAAAUGUCUCGUGGGAUGAUUAAUUUAGCCACAAAGAGUGUAGAAUAAAUGUUUAUGUGUUUGUGUAAGACUUUGCGGCCUUAAAUCGCUGUUUGUGGCAAAGUUAACGUAAUAUGCGUACAUGAAAGCCCUCGCACAUUUGUUCAUCGAUUCUUUUUUUUAAAGAUAGCGAGAUAGUGAGCGAGAUUAAUAUGAUACAGAAAUAAUGAAAAUACACGCUUCUUCGUGCGGGAUUUAUGUGUAUGAUGUACAUGAAAGAUAUCAUUAAAACUAUCAUUUAAGAGUGCUCAGUUCUUAUUGUAAUAAAGAAACAAAAGAAAAUGAA